AUGGCGGAUGCACACACCAGCAGACUAUGUGCACAGAUUGCGCACUCACAUUUCGGCCCUUUGACUGCGAGUGUCGUUAACGCCCUUCUGACCCGUGGCCGACUUACAUUCUCCCAAAUUGUGCGAUUCACGCCAUUGAAUCCACGAACUGCACGGGCAGCCAUUCUGAUUCUCGUGCAACACAAUAUCGUAUGGCACUCUGUCACGGAAGAAGAGGGCGAAGUUUUGGAGGUCAAUAUAGACGAAUGCUUGAUCAGGCUACGUUUCGGGAGAUUUGCCUGGCAGGCAGAAGAACUGUUUGGGCGUACGGGUGGAGAGAUUGUACAACUUAUUUUAGAUCAUGGAAAAUUACGACCGCCAGACAUUAUAGGCCCCCUCUCCGGUGGCUCCGUGAAAGAGAGUGCAGUCUACGCGCAGACGCUACAUAAACUCGUAUCUGCAGCGUAUCUCAAGCCCUCUACGCUUCUAUCACACGUAUCACCCCGAGACAAACGAAUAAAAUACGAGGCAGAAGAGAAGGCCAAAAUUACCGGUUUCCCCACGGCAAAGGAGCUUCGACAAGCAAAGGAAGCCGCAGAGGCACGAAUGAAACGCGAAGAAGCUGAAGCUGAGAAGAUUGGCUUGAAACGAAAACCCAUAGAAAAUGGCCACCGCUCGUCAAAGAAAAAGGCCGUCGAAGAAGAGGAGAUAGUAGAUGACACUGUCUAUUUUCGCAUAAAUUACCAGCGGUUUAGUGUUCAUAUCCGGAACUCCUUGAUCGAACAAGCAGCCCGCGAACGCUAUAAUGAUGGUGCUGCAGCAGUCGUCCGCGCGACGUUGCAAGCAUCCGCGGCGAAGCAAUUUAGUUUAGAGGACCCACGAACGGAUCCCGUGUCCAUUGCCAACAUUGCCCAACACAUCCACGACGAUGAUAACCUCGCUUCCGGCCUCCUCUCCUCGUCCAAAAAGCCAAACACGAUGGCCUGCCUAAAAGACUAUCUCGGCAUACUCUCUGCUGCGGACAACCCCACUCCUGCUGGCCGCGCUGGCGCCUUCCUCUCCUUUUCAUCCUCUAAAAUACAAGUAGAGUUCGAAGUUGUCGCUCGGCGGCUUAAGAAAAGAGUACUCGAAGCGGUCGCCAGGGAAAAACACGGUGACGAAGGCGUUCGAAUCAUUCGGCUGCUCCUCGAUGUCGGAAAAAUGGACGAGAAGCAGGUUUCGAAGAGCGUGAUGAUGCCGAAUAAAGACGUCCGACCUCUCUUGUCUGCCCUUGCAGGGGACUCCUUGAUUAGCACACAGGAGGUGGCUAAAACUGCUGACCACAACCCAACUCGCACGUUUUAUCUUUGGUAUGUUGAUCUGCAGAAGGCCUACUCUGUGAUACUUGGCCAACUAUACAAAACCCUUUACAACAUCGGUACGAGGCGGGAAGCCGAGCAAGAGGAACCAAACGUUAAAGCCGUAUUGGACAAAAUGCAGCGCAGCGACGUAGCCGCCGACAACUCUCUCCUCUCUCGGAUGGAACAAGAAACGCUGAAAGAGUGGGAAGCAAAGCGGCAGAAAUUAGUGAUAUUGCAGAUGCGAGUCGAAGAAGCUGUAUUCAUUGUAAAGGAUCUAGGUGUGCUAGGAAACAGUGACGAUUGA